UCGAUGGCAACGGAUUGGAUAACAGGCGCGCGCUUUGUUUUAUUAUCCACAUUAUCAGCGGCAUUAUUGUUAUUAUUGGCCCUCAGCGCUUUACCGCUCGCCCACGCGUCCGCCCGUGAAUGCCGCGCGGAAAAGUCGCUUUCCACUAGAUUGGCGUCCAGAUUCGAGGAAAUCCGUCAGCAGACGCAUUCGCGCCCGUUCGGUCAGCACUAAGGCUAAUAACCGUUCAAAUCGUUCAAAUCGUUAAAACCAUAAAAAUAAUAAUAAUAAUUGCAAUAACAAUAAACAUAGUAAUAAUCGUAACGCUUACGAGCCUUUGAUAGUGCCAAGGCAAGCGCAAUCCAAGUAUUCAAAUUCGAAUUCAAUUAACAGCAAAGUGCAAUUGGCUAAAAACCGAAACCAAAACGCAACAAAGUAUACGAAACACUUGUGAAAUCGUACAAACAAUUGUGGAAAAAUAUUUAAGAUUAUUAAGAUUGAAGUCUCAAUAAACAUUAGUGCUUAAAUAAAUUUUAAAACCACACGCGUGGAGAGUGCAAUAAAAAUAUUAACUUUUGAAAUAAAUAUUUACCAAGCAGAAAAAUAUUUUAUAAAUAUUUAAAUAAAUGAAAAACAAAUUGGUUACUUAAAAACAAAGAAAAUUCAAAUUGGUGCUAAAACAAACGAGAAAAAUUUUCAAGAAUAUUUCAAAAAUAAUAAGACAUAAUUAACUAUAAAAAACAAAAAUUAAUCAACAAAGACUUGGAGUGAAAAUACUAAUUAAAUCUUAAAAAAAAGUUUAACAAAAUUUGUUUAAAUCCAAAGAAGGCAAAGGAACAUCACAGAAAGCGACUAAAGUGAGGAAACACUCAAAUAAAAUCCGCCAAAAAUCGCAGAUCCCUGGAAACCAAUUCGUGUGAAAUCGGUCAAGCCCCCAACGACUUUUAGCCCGUCUCAGACGGAGCACCGCCAAGAUUCUCACCGCCAGCAGCGCAAUGAACUCGUACUUCGAGCAGGCCUCCGGCUUUUAUGGCCAUCCGCACCAGGCCACCGGAAUGGCGAUGGGCAGCGGUGGCCACCACGACCAGACGGCCAGUGCAGCGGCGGCCGCGUACAGGGGAUUCCCCCUCUCGCUGGGCAUGAGUCCCUAUGCCAACCACCAUCUGCAACGCACCACCCAGGACUCGCCCUACGAUGCCAGCAUCACGGCCGCCUGCAACAAGAUAUACGGCGAUGGAGCCGGAGCCUACAAACAGGACUGCCUGAAUAUCAAGGCGGAUGCGGUGAAUGGCUACAAGGACAUUUGGAACACGGGCGGCUCGAAUGGCGGCGGGGGUGGCGGCGGAGGUGGUGGUGGCGGCGGAGCGGGCGGAACAGGUGGAGCCGGCAAUGCCAAUGGCGGUAAUUCGGCCAAUGCAAACGGACAGAACAAUCCGGCGGGCGGCAUGCCCGUUAGACCCUCCGCCUGCACCCCAGAUUCCCGAGUGGGCGGCUACUUGGACACGUCGGGCGGCAGUCCCGUUAGCCAUCGCGGCGGCAGUGCCGGCGGUAAUGUGAGUGUCAGCGGCGGCAACGGCAACGCCGGGGGCGUACAGAGCGGCGUGGGCGUGGCCGGAGCGGGCACAGCCUGGAAUGCCAAUUGCACCAUCUCGGGCGCCGCUGCCCAAACGGCGGCCGCCAGCAGUUUACACCAGGCCAGCAAUCACACAUUCUACCCCUGGAUGGCUAUCGCAGGUGAGUGUCCUGAAGAUCCGACCAAAAGUAAGAUAAGAUCUGAUUUAACACAAUACGGCGGCAUAUCAACAGACAUGGGUAAGAGAUACUCAGAAUCUCUUGCGGGCUCACUUCUACCAGACUGGCUAGGUACAAAUGGUCUGCGAAGACGCGGCCGACAGACAUACACCCGCUACCAGACGCUCGAGCUGGAGAAGGAGUUCCACACGAAUCACUAUCUGACCCGCAGACGGAGAAUCGAGAUGGCGCACGCGCUGUGCCUGACGGAGCGGCAGAUCAAGAUCUGGUUCCAGAACCGGCGGAUGAAGCUGAAGAAGGAGAUCCAGGCGAUCAAGGAGCUGAACGAGCAGGAGAAGCAGGCGCAGGCCCAGAAGGCGGCGGCGGCAGCGGCUGCGGCGGCGGCGGUCCAAGGAGGACACUUAGAUCAGUAGAUCCUUAGAUCCGUAGAUCCUUAGAUCCGUAGGGUGUAUGUGGGAUUGGGCGUACUGACGCGGAGACAGAUACAAAGCAACUAUAUUGUAACAAAUGAACUAUUUACUUAAAUGAAUAAUAUUUAAAUAUUUUGAUGGUACUUGUGCGAAUACGAAACUUAACCUAAAUCGAACCUAAUGGAAUUAUUUCAAGCGUUUGAGCAGCAACCGAAAAUACGUAAAUGAAACAAAACUACAAACUAAUUAACUAGGCUAAGUAAAUAAAAAGUAGUAGUGGAAAGAGCGCAGAUUAUAAAACUACUUAGAAUUAAAUGAGCAAAACAAACAAUUUUAAUUUAGUUCCAAACGAAAUAAUUCAAGAGGAUUCGCUCGAAAUGGAAACCUCUGUCCUGCCUCUUUGUUGCUUACUGCUAUGUUUAAAUUAAUUUCGCGAAAAAUACUCAAAAAUUGAAACACAAAGAAAAGAAAAAAAUGAAUGUAUACCAUUAUAAUGUUGAAUGCGAGCAAAAUUCUGUUGAUAUUAAUUUUUUGGUAAAAACAUGUUCUAAACCAAUUUAAGAUAAGUAACGAAGGUUACAAAAACAAUAUGAAAACUAUUAAACUUUAACUUAAAUAUAAAUAGAAUUUGUUAGCCAAGUAAACAUAUUACGACACGAAGAACAAACGUUUUCGGGAGUAUCGAAUAUUUGAAUGUGUAUAGUUUGUGCUUAUUAAAUAAAAUAAUGCAAUUUUAGUUAA